AUGUCUGCAGAGGUAGCCCCCAGCACCGCGAGUAGCGACACUGUGGAGUUGGAUCAGGCGAACAUUAUUUUGAAUGAGGAAUUCAAAAUAUGGAAGAAGACGAUUCCAUCGUUGUACAAGCACAUUUCAACGUUCAAGCCUGCAAUUAGUCAAGGUUCAGCAGUACUGGAGGAUGAGAAGGAAUUGAAGAGGGCCAUAGUAUUUACGGAUAAGUUGGUGCCGGACAAGAACAACGGCACUUUAUCGACCAGCGUGUUGUGCUCACAGGGGAGUAACAUAUACACCUUCGAGACUUUCUUACCGUUGGGGGUGCACUAUACGUCCGGUGCCAACGCACUGACGAGCUGUCAAUACAACGAGCACACUAUUGAGCAAGCCAUAGAGUUUGGGGAAAGAAGCCAGCAUUGGGUCUGGCAAAACGAGACUGUAAACAAGCUGUUUUACGUCGGGGAUGAGGACGUCAAGUUUAUUGCUCUUGCCGAGAGUGGAGCGUUGGGCUGGUUUAAGGACGGGUUGAAACCGCCUCAGAAAGUUUUGUGCGGUUCCGAGAUGCAAGGGAGCGACGUCCGUGCGAGUGUCGAUGCAGAUGUGUCAAGUGAUGGUACACUUAUAGUGAAGUGUCUACCGAUGAAGGAUACGCUGACUCUCGUUGGCAAUACCAGGGAAAACCGCGGCAAUUUGGUACGCAGCAUUGCGGUGGACAACGCAAGCACCAUUAGGUGUAUCAAGUUCAUUGGAAGUGACAUAUUUGCAUGCUGUUCAAGGGACAACCUUGUCCGUUUCUACAGCAGCAAAUCGAAUAAUCAAGAACCGGUAUGGCUAUUGAGGAUACCAGAUUCGAAUGGUACUAUCGAGUGUAUAGGAAGCUCUCUUCUGAUGCCCACAUUGGUUGCCUUCGGUACGAGCAACGGUACGAUUAAAAUCUGGGAUACGCGCUCCAUCAGGGCCACCUCCGGCCUUGCGGUAAACGAGAACCCACUGCUGAGACUCAACCAUCUGCAGCAGGAAGGUGUCGUUGAUAUCCAGUUCUCCGCCGUGUCCCCUACACAGUUCAUCACUGUGGGGUCCAAGGGCAACGUGUACCACUGGGAUUUGGAGUACCUGAUGGGGAAGGGCGAUGACGAUUCUGAAAUAGAGGCAAUCAACCAGGCAGACUUGCAAGAGGAGUGUCUGGCGUUCUACCACACCGGCGGUUGCCGGCGAUCGAUCGGGACGCUGUCAAAGAAAAAUACGGCGCAGCUGCACUCGACGAUCGGCGAGCUUGUCGUGACAGUGGAUGCAGAUGGGCUGGUCACUGUCUACAUACCUUUUAAUGGCAGGUACGAAACAGAGAUCAAAGAAGACGAAGCCCUACAGAAGGAAAAUGACACUCCACAAGAUGAAGCCUCCAAAUCAGAAAACGUCUAG